AUUUUCCGCAUGCAACUAAAAUUUUAUACUUAAUGCAGAAAGGCCACUUAUUAUUACAUUGGUGACUCGAUCCGGGUAGCCUCUAACAAAUUGCUGAACAUUUGGUACAAAAGAAAACACCCAAUUGUGCCACAGCACAGUUCCGGAGCGAGAAGAGAAGCACAGCACCUUCCUUCGCCUUGAGGUUGCGAGCUGCCAAUUUGUUGUCGGCAAGUGAGAAAGUCGUGAAAAGUAUCACUGCAACACGAGUGGGUGCCGAAAAAGUCCUUGCAAAGGACAACAGGGAGACGACCGACCGGUACAAAGAGGCAGCUGACUGUAACGGUAAGGGUUAAAGGCAGACGAGUUUACCCCUGCAGUGGGCAGUGGGCAUCAGUGCGUCCGAAAUAUGAGUGCUGCUAAAAAGUAUAAGCCUAUGGAUACCACAGAGCUGCACGAGAACACCGAGAAUAUUGCUGCUUGCCUGAAAAAGGCUGAAAGUGCCGCCGCCUUAUUGAUGGGCCGCAGUGCCUUUGCUGCCCAAAACAUGAACUCAUCGUCCACAAACGGCGAGCGCCUGCCAAAUUUCUCCAAGCUUGGCUCGAACCAUGGCGAGAUUCGAUCGGCAUCAACUACCUCAAACUUACUUAAUCGCACGGGGGCCAUCCACAACAGCAAGCCUGGCGAUGUCAAAAAGAUAGUGAUUAAGAACUUCAAAGAUAAACCCACACUGCCCGAUAACUAUUCCGAGGACACGUAUGUGAAGCUCGAGGAGGCCGUUAUCGCCAUACAACUGUCGAAGCCCAUUAAAUAUUCACUGGAGGAGCUCUACCAGGCCGUUGUGAAUAUGUGCAGUCAUAAAAUGGACGCCCAGCUGUAUACGAAGCUCAAGGAGCUGACCGAGCAACAUGUGAAGCGCAAUAUCAAGCUGAAGGAGCUCACUGGGGGCAGCAUGGACAAGUUGGUGCUGCUGGAGAAAAUCAAUAACUGGUGGCUCUCGUUCUGCCAGCAGAUGAUCAUGAUACGCAGCAUAUUCUUGUACAUGGAUCGCACCUAUGUUUUACAAAACUCAUUUAUCCACUCAAUAUGGGACAUGGGGCUGGACCUCUUUCGCAUACACUUUGCUCAGAAUAGCGUCGUCCAGAAGCGUACGGUCGAUGGUCUCUUGACGCUGAUUGAAAAAGAACGACAGGGCGCGUCUGUGGACCGCGGUCUGCUCAAGAGUUUGGUACGGAUGCUGUGCGAUCUUCAGAUCUACUCCAGUUCGUUCGAGGAGAAGUUCCUCGAUGCCACCAAUCAACUGUACAAGGCUGAGAGUCAACGUAUGAUGCAGGACCUGGAGGUGCCCGGCUACCUACAGCACGUUAGCAUGCGUCUGGCCGAGGAACACGAGCGCUUGCUGCACUAUCUGGACUCGAGCACAAAGCAUCCGCUUAUAUACAAUGUUGAGAAGGAGCUGCUGGCCGAACACCUAACGGCCAUACUGCAGAAGGGUCUGGACUCGUUGCUGGAGGACAACAGAUGGGUCGAACUAACAAUGCUAUACGGUUUGCUUAGCCGUGUCAAAAACGGCACAUCAGAGCUGUGCGGAAACUUUAACGGAUACAUUAAGAAAAAGGGACGCACCAUUGUCAUUGACCCGGAAAAGGAUAAGAGCAUGGUGCAGGAUCUGCUUGAAUUUAAAGAUAAAAUGGAUUACAUUGUCCGCAAUUGCUUUGCACGCAAUGAAAAGUUCACGAAUUCGUUGCGCGAGGCCUUUGAGUUCUUUAUCAAUCAGCGAGCCAAUAAACCAGCAGAACUUAUUGCAAAAUACGUGGACAUGAAGCUACGGUCUGGCAACAAGGGUACCACCGAUGAAGAGCUUGAGAAGACAUUGGACAAGAUCAUGGUCCUGUUUCGCUUUAUACACGGCAAGGAUGUCUUUGAGGCUUUUUACAAGAAGGAUCUGGCAAAGCGAUUGCUUGUGGGCAAGUCGGCUUCCGUGGACUCGGAAAAGAGUAUGCUGUCAAAACUGAAACAAGAAUGUGGCGGAGGCUUCACGUCGAAGCUGGAGGGCAUGUUUAAGGACAUGGAACUGAGCCGCGACAUCAAUACAGCGUUCCGCGGUCACGCUCUCAGCAACAAUCGCGAUGUCCAUAACCUGGACCUGUGCGUCAGUAUACUGACAAUGGGCUACUGGCCAACAUAUGCGCCCACAGAGGUCACAAUGCCGCCACAGCUCAUCAAUCCACAGCAGAUAUUCAACAAGUUUUAUUUGGAAAAGCAUAGCGGACGAAAGCUACAAUGGCAACCCACGCUGGGCAACUGCAUGCUGCGUGCGCAGUUUGAGGCGGGUCCAAAAGAGCUUUUGGUUUCGCUGUUUCAGGCUCUGGUGCUGCUCUUGUUCAACGAUAAGCCGGUGCUUAGCUACGAGGAGAUAUUGGCCGCAACCAUGAUCGAGGGUGGAGAGUUGCGCCGAACACUCCAGUCGCUGGCCUGUGGACGCGCCCGAGUCAUAACGAAAACACCAAAAGGUCGCGAGAUCGAGGAUGGCGACCAGUUUGAUUUUAAUAACGAGUUCACAAACAAAUUGUUUAGAAUCAAAAUCAAUCAGAUACAGAUGAAGGAGACGAAUGAGGAACAAAAGGCGACCGAGGAGCGUGUAUUCCAGGACCGUCAAUACCAGAUAGAUGCGGCAAUUGUGCGCAUCAUGAAGAUGCGUAAAACGUUAAGCCACAAUCUACUCAUCACCGAGCUGUUCAAUCAGCUAACCUUCCCCGUCAAGCCCGCUGAUUUAAAGAAACGCAUUGAGUCGCUCAUCGAUCGAGACUACAUGGAGCGCGACAAGGAUAAUCAGAACCAGUAUAACUACGUGGCAUAACUUUUCUGGGAACGGCGAACAGAGAACACUGAUUUGAUUGUAACAUCCAUAUUUCUAUUUACCAUAUGCAUACAUACUAAAAGUCCAUUGAAUAUUUGG